UGCAACCUCGCCAAAUAUACUUUCAUCAAGAGCGACUCGCAGCAGCAGAGUAGAGCGGUCGAUGCGAUCAAUCUGCUGUGUUCCUUGUUAAUUACAUACGAGUCCAAGUAGAGCAUUCCUUAGACCAAUAAAUCAUGGCCGUAGCGAUAAGUCUGCAAGAGAAUUCUCUCUGGAGGCACAGGCUGCAGAGAUUGGAAGCGUUAUUGACGCAAGACUCCGUCUCAUGCGAUGAGACGACGACCCAGGAGCUAUUCACUGCUGCAAAACGAGGCGACGUGGACGAAUUCAUCCGAGUCGUGGAACGUUACUAUUCCGAGCGCAAUCUACGUCUGUGUCUGCGGGUCAUUCUGAGCCCCUCCGGAAAUUCCUUGCUCCAUGUCGCCGCGGGCCUCGAGAGAGACGAGAUCCUGAGAGCCAUCGUAGGCCACUUCUCCGACCAGGAUGUGGCCGGGAAAAAUUGCAGGGGAGACACCGCGCUUCACUUGGCCGCCAGGGCCAGAAGGGCCCCCGCGGCCCGAGUCCUCAUCGGCCGGGCAUCGGACGUCGGCGGGGUCGAGAUGCAGCGGGCUCUCGUUCAAGUGCAGAACCACAGGGGAAGCACCCCGCUGCAUGAGGCCGUCGUGAACGGCCACCUUGAAGUGGUUCAGAUCUUGAUAAGUGAGGACUUGCAACCCAUGUAUAUGAAGAACAAUGAAGGUAAAUGUCCGAUGUAUCUGGCCGUCGAGAGUGGCAACUUGGAGGUUCUCAGGCUUCUGUUGGCAGUGCCACUUGAUACCUCGAGGAUUCAAGGCGUGUCGCCCGUUCAUGCAGCUGUCUUACACGGCAAUCUAGACAUGCUGAGGGAAAUUUCUGAGAGAAAUCCACGAUUGUUUGGAUUAAAAGACGAUAGACACAGCACUCCGCUUCAUUUGGCAGCAUACAUCAAUUACUUUGAUGGCAUCAAAUUCCUGCUUCAAAAAUUCACCUCGAGCGCAGUUGAAUAUGAUAGAGAUGGCCAUUUUCCGAUUCACGUUGCUUGUAAAGAGGGUCAUGUUCAAGCAAUCAAGGAGCUGCUCAGGCAGUGGCCAGACCCCACAGAGUUGAUCAAUCGACAUGGACAAAACAUCCUUCAUGUUUGCGCCAAGCACGGAAGAAUCCAGGCAGUGAGGUACAUACUCAGGCAUGCCGACCUUGAGAAGCUCAUCAACGAGAGAGACAACGAGGGGAAUACGCCUCUGCAUUUGGCCACAUUGCCAUGGCACCCUGUGGUUUUGCUUGAUCUCGUGCUGGACAAAAGAGUUGAUCGUAAGCUUCUCAACAGUGAACGCUUGACGGCUCGAGACCUUGCGACGGAGCAAAUCAAAAGAACGGAUACUACGUUUCAAAAGAGAUUAUCAUCAAUGAUUUUGACAUCUGCCGGGGCACCUACAAGUAAAGAUUUGGCUAUCUACAAGUCAAGAAAUCGAGAAACUAUGGCGGAAUAUACAGUCCUUGCUCUGCAAACCGGAGGUAUAUUGAGCGGACAGGCGAAUGCUCGUUCGAUAGUUGCCAUGCUCGUGGCAACCGUGACCUUUGCAGCCGGUUUUGCGGUUCCUGGAGGUUUCGUCGAGAGUUCUGGAGCUAACCCAGGAACGGCAACAAUGCUGAACAGGGGCAUGUUCCAGGCCUUUGUCAUUUGCAACGCCAUUGCGAUGUACAAUGCCAUAGUCGUGGUUGUCAUGCUGUCUUGGGCACAACUCAAUGACUCUUACGUUGCUCUAACUGCCCAUAUAAUUGCCAUAAAGGGGCUGUUGGUAGCUCUCGUAACAAUGUCCAUAGCAUUUAUGGCCGGUGGCUAUGUGCUCGUAAGCAAGCUCACUUGGCUCGCCUCUGUUGUCCUGUUGAUCGGAGCUGUCGGUCUGUACCAUAUCUUCGCUCUGUACCUGGCAAUGUACGUUCCUUUUGUGGUAAAUACGCCCUAUAUCCGUUGCAUAGCCUUCCAUAUCAUCCGCCUAGGAAUCGCAAUAUCGAGAAUUUUAGUUUGCUUCCCUGAUGUGCUGCAAGAUGAAGACUCCCGACCUGCGGGCAUCAAUGGAACAAGGACAGCGGUGACGUUGCAUGUGAAUCGCCCGGCCACUUUGCCUCCGGCCGGUGGUACUUAGCCUUGCCAAUCGAUUCGAGGAGAACUUCAUUAAAUGUUGCCUAUCGUAGACAUGUCGAGCUUCUUUGCUUGACACGUCAAGUGGUCAAGUUUCAAGAAUCCAGUUGCUAUUGAUGGAGACACCCUUCUCUUUCCUUUUGUUUGACCUUGGAAAAACCGCACCGUCCUUGCUUUGCAUCGAUUGGGUGGUAAAUAAUGGAGACACUGUUAUUUCGGUCUU